AUGGCGGAGCCUAGGACGCGGGCCUCUACUAUUGUCGCCGAUCGUGUAGAUGCCGCAUGUCCAGAGCAUUAUAAGGCCCUGUACUACUACGCCGCCAAGCAGCUCGGUAGGCGGUCCCUGACAUCCACCACUGGGCAAGUGCCUUUCAUCGUUGACGUCAACGCGGUGCCGCCGCAGCUUGAUCGGACGUCGAGCGUGGAGCAGCUGGGUGCCCGCAUGCUGUUCAUUGGUAUGCCUAAAGCGGGCGAGCCUGCGUACGACGAUGCGGACAUGAAGAUGUUUGAGAUGAUCCACGACGAGGGCGAGGAAGAGGAUCAUCGUAAUUUGCAGAAGGUUACAAACUAUCUCGUCCUCCCCCCAAACCCUACCCCCAUGUCCGACGGCGGCGGCGGCGAGCCCGGUGCCGGCGGCUCGGCGCCGGUGUGUAACUUUGUCCGGAAGCCGCCGAAGAAUAUCCGGAAGCGUCCCGCCGCGUCCGUCGGCUCUGACGGCGAAGAAGGUAGCGGCGGCGACGAUUCCGGGGCCAUCGCGGCGGCGCGAUCUAAGAAGCCGCCGUCUACUACCAGCAAGCUCUUCUUCUCCUCCGCCGACAACUCACACGAGCCCCGCCGUUUCCAGUUCGAGUCGUCCCGGACGAUUCAGUCCUCCACCGACAACCGCGCCACUGCGACGCUCGAGACGGAGACGGCGUACGACCGUGAUGCGCGCGCUAUCCGCGAGCGGCAGCUCAAGCAGGCCGAGGAGUCCCUCAAGAAGAACCCCUCUGCCUCAUCCUCCUCCGGGGAGCUCUACAAGGGGAUCCAUGGCUACACGGAUCACAAGGCCGGCUUCAGGCGGGAGCACACGGUUUCGGGAGAGAAGGCUGGCGGCGCGCACGGCCCUCUGCGGGCGUCAGCGCACAUACGCCUCUCGACGCGGUUCGACUACCAACCCGACAUCUGCAAGGAUUAUAAGGAGACCGGUUAUUGUGGCUACGGCGAUUCCUGCAAGUUCAUGCACGACAGAGGUGACUACAAGUCUGGGUGGCAGCUCGAGAGGGAGUGGGACGAGGCCGAGAAAGCCCGCAAACGGCGCAUAGCGAUGCGUGAGUUGGAUGGUAGUGAUGCCGAGGCAGAGGAGGGAGACAGCGACGACGAGGAGGCACUGCCCUUUGCCUGCUUCAUAUGCAGGGAACCCUUUGUUGACCCGGUGGUCACAAAGUGUAAGCAUUAUUUCUGCGAGCAUUGCGCAUUAAAGCAUCACUCGAAGAACAAGAAAUGCUUCGUCUGCAAUAAACCGACGCUUGGCAUCUUCAAUGCGGCACAGGAGAUCCGGAAGAAGAUUGCCCAGGACAAGAAGCAGCAGGACCUUUGAUGACUGUUGCGCAAUGUAGCUUCUAUCAUGGAGGAUUACUUCUCUUCUGUAAUUGUAUUGUUUGAAAAUGAGGGGGAAAUAUCCAGGAAUCAGUUUUGUUUCUUUAGCUCUGUACUAGCUCUUACUUACCAUUAGCCACCAAAAUCUCAGCUUCUUGUGACAUUGCAGAAGCUUGUCUCAUCAUGUCGAACUGGUUCCGAAUGGAUGUGAAGUGUCAUGCACAUUUACCCCAACUUAAAAAAUGGAUCUUUGCCGAGGUA